AUGUUGUCCUUCCUCCGUGGCACCAAGUACGACCCCGCGCGCGACCUCCCGGACCUGACGGGUAAAGCCACCAUUGUUACAGGCGGAAACGCGGGUAUCGGCUACGCCGACUGCUUCCACCUCGCGCGCAAGGGCGCGAAGGUGUACAUGGGCGCCCGCAGCGAGGAGCGCGCCCAGGCCGCGAUCGCGCAGCUGGAGGAGGCCGGUGUGGAGAAGGGAAAGGUUGAGUGGCUGGACCUCGACCUGACGUACCCGAAGAAGGUCAAGGCCGCGGCGGAGGGUUUCAUGGAGAAAGAGAGCCGACUGGACAUCCUGCUUGACUGCUUGCAGAUGAGGCGUUUAUGGUCAUUUCCUGACGGCUCUGUAGGUGUGCUAGACACGAUGAUGAUCAACCACUUCGGAGUCUACAUCUUCACGCAGACGCUGCUGCCUCUGCUCAAGCGUACAGCGGAGGAUCCGAGCGAUGACGUUCGCAUAGUGACUCUGGCUUCGGACUCCUUGGCACUCGUCAAAGGGCUGGACGUCCGCUUCCGAUCGGUAGAGGAUUACAACCGCGAGUUCAAGGAGGCCUCUGACUCCGACCGCUGCAGAUAUGCUGUAACCAAGCUCGCCGAUGCCCUCUACGCCCGCGCGCUGCAACGCCAGCUCAACGCUGCGAACGCCCCCAUCCUCGUCCUCUCCGCGGACCCCGGCUGGGUGUGGACCCCAGGCGUCUCGGCCAUCCCAUUCCUGCAGAAGCCGGCGUGGAAACCGGUCGUCGCGCUCCUGCGCCUGGUUGCGUUCGUCGACCCGAUUGAGGGCGCGCACAGCUCCGUCUUCGCCGCGGCGUCGCCGGCGGUGCGCGAGGAGGCCGGGCGGUGGAAGGGGAGGAUGGCGUUCCUGGAAAAGGCGGCGGGCGGCGGCUGGGGAAGAGCUAUGCCCCGCAGGCGGACGACGAAGCGUUGGCGGACGAGCUGUGCAAGAGCACGGAGGAGAUCGUGA